AUGGUGUUUUUAACAACCAAAAUGAUGCAAAGGACUGCGCUCUUCGUGACAUUUGGAGGCUUUGUCACAUCUCUCACGACUACCUUCCUCCCCCUGUGGAAGACAAUGAACUCAGACCUCAAUGAAGUGGAGAACUGGUUCUCCGGGCUGUGGCUCACCUGCCUUUACACCGAGGAAGUGGGAAUUCAGUGCAAGGCCUAUGAUUCCAUCCUGGGACUCCCGAUGGACCUGCAGGUCUCCAGGGUGCUCAUGUCGGUGUCUAUAUGUACUGGAGGGUUAUCCGUGUUGGCUGCCUUCCCCGGCCUGGAGGGCGUGGAGGUGUGUGUCGAGCAGCCUGCCAUGAAGAGGGGGCUCCUCAUCCUCAGCGGGGUGCUGUCCUGGGUGUCGGGGCUCACCACUCUGGCUCCCGUCUCUAUUGUCGCCUACACCACCGUGGUGGAGUUUUGGGACGAGGGCUUUCCCGAUGUGAUGCCGCGCUGGGAGUACGGCGAGGCCAUGUUCUCCGGGUGGUUCGGAGGUUUGGCGCUGGCCAUCGGGGGGACUCUGUUCUUUGUGGCUGUGUGCAUGGGCGACUUUGACCAGCGACCACCGAGUGUGCAAAGCAGCCCGCAGCUGAAGCACAGGACACGGCACUACCUGAAGACUGAGCUUUUAUAA